AUGUCCUCGAACGAGAAGGAUAAAGUCUCGACUGGAAGUGCGGCCGAGAAGGCCCUGGCUCACAACCCUCCUCCCGGUCUGGAAAAGGCAGAAGGAACCCAAGCCAGCGCAGCGAAGGCCCUCGACGAAAACCACCAAGCUCCGAGCACCUCGACAGAUUUCGAGCAGCACAAUGGAGAUUCCACUCGGUUGAGUGUCCGCAAAGCAAUGGCUCUAGCAGCCUUGGCUUGCUGCUGGACCAAUGCACAAGCGCCUCUGUAUCUGUUUGCUGCCGUACCUGUCUUCAUCUACCGCGAUCUUGGAGGAGUUGAUCGCUGGGUCUGGUUCAUAACUGCUCACCUACUUGCCACUGCCGCCAUCUCUCCUUUCGUUGGUCGUUUCUCAGACGUUUUCGGACGCCGCUGGGUUGCUCUGGCCGGAAGUAGCUUCAUCGUUUUUGGCCAGAUCAUGUGUGGUGUUGCUGAGAACAUGGAUGUCUUCAUCGGCGGAAUGGCUCUCACCGGGAUUGGCACCGGUAUCAACGAGCUCACGGCUCUCGCGGGAACAGCAGAACUCGCCCCUGUUGCGCAUCGUGGCUACUACAUCGCCGGCAUGAUUCUCACCAUCAUUCCUCUUUUGCCCUCCGUCAUGUACUCCCAGAUCAUCUCGGCUUUCUCCACAUGGAGGUAUAUCUCGAUUCUCACCGGCGGCUGGGCAUUGGUCGGGCUUGUAAUGACAGCCCUCUUUUAUCAUCCUCCUGCGCCGACAGAAGGUCUCAAUUGGAAACAAAAGCUUUCGCUUAUGAAGGAUAUGGAUGUGGUCGGUGGCUUCUUGUCUAUCGUUGGGCUGGUUUUGCUGGAACUUGGUCUUUUGGGUGGCGGAUAUCAGUAUCCGUGGGCAAGUCCGAGAGUCUUGGUUCCCCUGAUUCUGGGGUUCUUCGUAUUGAUUGUCUUUGGCAUUUGGGAGUUCAAUCGAGCCAAGACACCCAUGAUUCCCAGAGACUUGGGCCCGGCUCCCCGUACACUCAUCAUGACCAUGAUCAUCACCUUCAUAUCCGGUGCCAACUUCUUUUCUGUUCUGAUGUUAUGGCCAAGCGAGGCCUAUAAUGUCUACGGCAACAACCCCUACGGCGUCGGCUUCCGCGGCAUGCCCUUCCCCUUCGGUAUCCUCGCCGGCUGCGUCAUAUCCCUCUACCUCAUUGCCCGCUUCCCGGGUCAUAUCAAAUGGAUCGUCUUCCUCACCUGCUGCAUCAUGACAAUCGGCUGCGGCGCCCUUGCCUCCGCUCGUCUCGACAAUAUCCACGCCAUGUACGCGGUGCUCUUCAUCGCCGGCCUAGGUGUAGGCGGCAUCGUCGUACCCGCCUCGACCAUCGCCACUAUCAUCUCGCCGAGAGACUUCAUCGCUACGAUUACAGCCUUGACCAUCUCCAUCCGUAUCGUUGGCGGCGUGAUAGGAUACACGGUCUAUUACAAUGUCUUCGUUCAGAAGCUGGUUCCGCAGCUUACAAAAUUGGUAGUGGAAGCAUGCAUCAAGAGCGGGAUCACCAACAAGGAGAUCAUUGGCGUGGUGAUUGAGCUGACGGGCGCUUCGCUGGUGGACGAGAUCCGCCUAUUGCCUGGCGUCACGGACGAGAGCUGGGCGGUGAUCGUGGCGGCCGGCCAAGAGGCGUACGUGAGGGCGUACCCGUGGGUGUACUACUGCAGCAUUGCCUUUGGCGGAGUGUCGAUUCUGGCGAGCCUGGGCAUGGAGGAUAUCUCAGGCUUGAUAGAUAGGACGGUUAUGGUUCAUAUGUAACGGAACCAUGGCUGGCCGGCGCCUUGGGGUGCAUGGCGGUGUCUUUCGGGCGGCGGUUUCCUCGAUUUACAUCCACUAGCGCGGAGCAAUUCGACAACUUCUUACCAGAGCAGCAAACGAUGCGGUCUUUGUCAGUUGCAUAUGUUGAUUAGGAGGAUUUGCUGGAGGUUUGACCUUGGGGGUAUCUGGGGAGGGAUGUCUCGAGCACCUACUUCGCUAUAAUAUCGGGAGAUCCAUGUAUACACUAGGAGGUAUUCGAUCCUCAAGGGACUCGGAGACGAUUUGGUUGAUAUAGAUAGUAUAAGGCUGCAUGCAGGUGGUCGUUUUCGGAUGUCUGGAGGCGGAACAUCAUGGACGAGGACUGUUCCGACCUAUAUGCCAUAACGUUAGUUUCAUGUAGAUAGAAUAUCGACUUUCAUGUCCUG